UGAGGUUUGGAGUUUUGAGAGGAAAAAAAAGUGUCGGGAUUCAGGAAAGUUGACCUUCAGGAAUUUGACUGUUAAAAAUGAAAUAAUAACGAUGACAUACUGACAAGAUACUUGCGUUAAUCAUAGCCUCUAUGGUACUUUCAACGCUGUCUUUUAACAUAAACUUAGGUUUUAGGGUAAAAUCAAUGAGUUCUGUUGAUGACUGCAACGUUCCGCCGGUAAAUGUGGCCGUGAAGAAAACUGAUUCUCCUCACCGGCUCCUCGAUGACGUCCAGGCCUUCCUCACUGAUGAAGACCUACUCCACACCUAUGAUGACCUCACUAAAGUCAACCCCGUGACCCCAGCAACAGUGCUGAAAUGCCUGCAGGCCAGGUACAAUGAAAAGGUGUUUUACACCCAUGCAGGCUGCACCUUGGUGGCGCUAAAUCCCUUCCAGCCCAUUCCAGACCUGUACUCUCUAGACGUGAUGAAGGAGUAUCACUGUGCUCCUUGGCCACAGGAAUUCAAGCCCCAUAUCUUUAUCGUGGCAGAAGAGGCCUACAGGAAUGUACAGGGUCAAGUGGAACCGGUGAACCAGUCAUUGGUGGUUAGCGGUGAGAGUGGUGCAGGAAAGACAUGGACAUCCCGUUGCUUGAUGAAAUACUACGCCACCGUGGCGGCCUCGCCAUCGCGGCUUCAGAGCCGGGACACAGUGGAGAGGAUAGAGAGAAGAGUGCUGGACUCCAACCCCAUCAUGGAAGCUUUUGGCAACGCCUGCACGCUACGGAACAACAACAGCAGCCGCUUUGGAAAGUACAUCCAGCUCCAGCUCAACAGGUGUCAACUUCUGGUGGGAGCAUCUGUGCAAACGUAUUUGCUGGAGAAGACUAGAGUGUCCUGCCAACCGGCUAACGAGAGGAACUUCCACAUCUUUUACCAGAUGAUGAAAGGAGCGACACCUGAGCAGAGAACAGAGUGGAAGAUGUCACAUGAUCAACAUUUUGUCUGGCUGCUAAACGCUGAAAAAACCCUGGAGGAAGAUUGUUUUCAUGAGACGGUGGAAGCGAUGGGUCACCUGGGCCUUACUGCAGGGAGGCAGACACACAUAUUUAAGAUUCUUGCAGGGAUUUUGCACUUGGGGAAUGUGGGUUUUUCAGCUUCAGCAGAUGAAUCUCAACCCUGUCACCUGCUGGAACAGUCAAACGAUUUCAUGCGGAGCGCCGCGGAGCUGCUCGGUGUCUCCAUGGAAGAGCUGCAGACCUGUCUGAGAGUGCGGACGCUGAAGGCCGGGAAGCAGAGCGUUCUGAAGCCCUGUUCCCAGGCCGAGUGCAGCGUCAGAAGAAACUGCCUCGCCAAGGUCAUCUACGCACAAUUAUUCAAGUGGCUGGUUCAAUUCAUCAACAGCAGCAUAUGUGCAGAUAGCGCCACCUGGUGCAGUUUCAUAGGAGUUCUAGAUGUGUACGGGUUUGAGAGUUUCCAGUUUAAUAACCUGGAGCAGCUGUGCAUCAACUACACCAACGAGAAACUCCAGCAGCACUUUGUGGCUCAUUAUCUCAGAGCCCAGCAGGAGGAAUAUGUUUCCGAGGGGUUGGAGUGGUCUUUUGUCAAGUACCAGGACAACCAAAGCUGUCUGGAUCUCAUGGAGGGAAACCCGAGUGUGUUUUCUCUUCUGAAUGAGGAGAGUCGUCUAAAUCGGGCUUCUCAUGCCAACACAUUCAGAAUUCGUUUGGAGAAGGAGCUUUCUGCUAAUCCCAACAUAAACUGGGAUAAAUUGAACAAGGAGCCACAUUUCACCGUGGUCCAUUACGCCGGCAAAGUCAACUACCAAAUAGAGGGCAUGGUGGAGAAAAAUAAGGACCCGGUGCCAGUAGAACUCAUCAGCUUGCUCCAGAAGUCUGACAAUCCGCUGCUUCACCACAUCUUUUCCCACAAGGAGACUGAGACCCCAAGAACAACAAAAGGGCUCAGUAAAUUCACUGUGGUCUCCAAAUUCAAGAACUCUCUGGAGAGCUUGAUGAAGAUCCUCCAAACCACAACUCCUCAUUACACUCGCUGCAUGAAACCUAACCAGGACUGCAAGCCGCUGACCUUCAAAAAGGAGGAGGUUUUUAUGCAGUUGGAGGCCUGUGGCAUUGUUGAGACGAUAAAUAUUAGUGCUGCUGGAUUUCCAAUAAGAAUUCCUUUCAGAAACUUCAUGCAACGUUAUGGACUGAUUUCAAAGUUCAAACCAAGGCCUUGUGGUGCUGAUGUGGAGGAUGAUGGCAACAACUUUCUUCAAUCAGAGGUGGAGAAGCUCCUCAAGGUGGCGCUGGAACACCACGAUCUUGGUGUCUCCAACUACCGUGAACCACACACUUCACUGAUCCACUGUGGAAGGACUAAAGUUUUUCUGACCCAGUCGAUGCUCAAGAUUCUGGAGAAUCAGAGGAGGAAAAUUGAAUCCCAGUGUGCCUUCUCCAUUCAGUGCUGCUGGCGGCGGUACCAGUACCGCAGACAUCUUGUCCGGCAAAACUCUGCUACUCUGAUCCAAGCAGUGGUGCGGUCCUGGUUGGUCAGGAGGCAGGUCCACCAAUGGAACAGAGCAGCUGAACUCAUCCAGGCCACCUGGAGGAAGUGGAGAGAGCAGUUAAACUCUGUGGCUGAGGCGGAGCUUGAUGAUGUCAAGGACCUCGCCAGACAGAAUUUGGCGACGGUGACCCCCAUCAUGAGGGAGCGAUGCUCGGUGCAGCUCUCCAUCAUCCAGGAGCCUGUCACGGUGCAAGCAUGGCCCGUAGGCCUGGCUGUGGCCUCGGCCUCGGCCCCGUCCCUCACCGUGUCUCUGACGGCCACGGGCUUCCAGAAGAUCACAUCUCUGAUGGCAACGCUAAAACUGCCCUCCAGACGAGGGGAGUACCAGGUGAAGAUCAACCAGUGCACGCAGGAGAUCGCCUCCAUCAGGGCUCAACCCAUGGGAUCUGUGAAGCUGCACUACCAGCGAUCUCCACUUCUCCAUGCUGAUGUGCUCCCAGAGCUGAAGGGCAAGCUGACAGGGUUCAACCAGAUCCUGCUGGAGAAAACUGUGUGACGUACAUUGAUUCAUUUUGUCAUUUAUCUGGGUCCAGAUCAUGGUGGCAGCAGACCAAGCAGCUCACCCCACACUUCCCUGUCUUUGGCUAAACUCUUCUUGGGGGAUCCUGAGGCAGAAGCAUUUUUUCUACAUUUAUGUAGAAAUGAGAGAUGGGAGUUGCUACUCAAACAGGCUCCAAAGAAUGUGGAUUUGAGGCACUGACGUGAACAUGUGAUUUCACAGACUGCAGCCGUCAUCUGUGUGAACAGAUUCCACAAAAGUAAUAUUUAAGUGUUAAUGUCAAAUCUCUGCUGUUGCCGGGCGGAUUUCCAAAUGCCUCUUCAAGCGCUUCUACACUUGAAAUAAACUGCAGGAAAACUCCUUUCCCAUACAGUACUGUAUUUACUGAUGUGUCUGUUCACACAGGAUUAGUGUAACAUUUCUACAGCUAAUUUUACAGAAGCUAAAAGUUGCUGGAAUCUGACAUGAGCGCACAAUCCCUAAAAAUGACAAAUGGCAUAUUGGGACUGAAAAUGUCUGGUAAUAAUUACAGUGAGGAAAAUAAGUAUUUUAACACCCUGCAGUUUUGCAAGUUCUCCCAAAUUUUCGUCUUGGGUGCAUGUCCACUGUGAGAGACAUAAUCUAAAAAAAAAU